AUUUUGCGCCGCGGCCGGCUCCUCCCCAGGCGGGCGGCCCGGGGGGCCGGGCCGGGCCGGGCCGAGCCGAGCUGAGCUGCUGCCGCGGCGGCGGUGGUUUUCAUUACCUUUUUGAAAAGAUGGGAAAUGCAGAAAGCAACACCUAUCAGAAUCACCUUUCCAGAUUUCUUCCCGAGGAACAGACUGACAUUGAUGAAAUGUUUGAUACCUUAUCAGGAUUGAGUGGCGCAGCAGGAGCGAAAAAUGGAAAAGCUACGAAAAAGACUGUGACUCUGGCAGCACUACAGGCCUAUAUGCGGGAACCAUUACCAGAGCAAAUGACUGUUCGGUUGUACAAUGGAAUGAAAAGUAUUGACUUGACUGGGAAGUCAUCUGGAGCAAGUGAACAGAUUGCUAAAGAGCAGUUUGUAAUUUUUAUGUCAAACCUCUUAAAAGGGAAUGCAGAUGAGAAGAUUACCAUAAUAACGAAGAUGAUCUCCAAGACAGAAGGACCCGUGAAGGGCAAACAAAUCCAAGAGUUCACAGAGGAUCUGAUCAUGUCUCUAGUCCAUGUACUGAAUUACAGGAAGGAACUGAAAGGUUGGAAUUUGGAGAAUACUAGAGAUUCUGCAAGUGGAGCGAAGGCUUUGGCUUCUCAGCUGCUAUCAGAGUUGAAGUUUGCAGGUGGGAAGAAUCCUGUGGGUCCUCAGCUGUUGGAGGCCACUUUUGAGCAAAGUGCCAUUGAGGACUGGGUGUACCGAGUUCCACAGAUCUCAACUUUCCUCAGUGUUGUUAUCAGACAAGGCUUCCAUGUCUUGCAUUCUCUCCCAGACCAAACCACAGACAUAGUCAACUUGGUUCCAGACUGCAAAGGCCUCAAAGGAAGAGGACUUACCAGUCUCUUGGACAUCCCAUCCAUCAUAUACGUCAACUCCCAUCUGCCUGCAGAGCUACAGCAGAAGUGGCGGCUUUUAUUUUCUUCUAGAGUUCAUGGGGAAAGCUUUACACAGUUAUGUGGGCAUAUUGUGAACAAAGGUCCCUGCAUAGUGAUCUUAAAGGACUUAGAUGGUUAUAUCUUUGGUGGAUUUGCAUCUCACUCCUGGGAGGUGAAGCCACAGUUUCAAGGUGACAACAGAUGCUUUCUGUUUUCUGUUUUUCCCUCUCUUGCUGUGUACACAUGCACUGGAUACAAUGACCACUACAUGUAUUUGAACCAUGGCCAACAAACAAUGCCAAAUGGACUUGGUAUGGGCGGACAACAUGAUUACUUCGGACUCUGGGUAGACAGCGACUAUGGGAAAGGGCACAGUAAAGCAAAACCUCGAUGCACCACCUACAACAGUCCUCAGCUGUCAGCUAAAGAGAAUUUUACACUGGAUGCUGUGGAAGUUUGGGCAGUGGGAGACCUCCCGGAAAGUGCAGUGAUAAAAGGAAAGAAGAGUAUCCUGGAUGUAGAUCCUGAGGCUCAGGCAUUAUUAGAAAUGACUGGAAAAACUCGGCAUAGUGAUGGUUUACGAGAACCCGUUGAAGAUGAUGAUGAUGGUAACUAAAGGAAUCACAGUGUCUUGAAAAACUUUUUUUUACUCCUGAAUGUUAAUGUUCCUUGGACAGGAUAUUUUUCCCCAUAUUUUUUUCACAUUUAAUUAGGUAUCUGGGACUAAGCUUAAGUCUAGGACUUACGUAAUAUUUAGAUCCAAGAAAACAUCCUGCUUGAAGGGUUUUGUUUGGGGAGGAUAGAAAAAUUAACUAGGUAAUUAAUUAUUAGACAUCUGUAAGUUCUAGCUGAAUAUGAAUUUGCUAGCAUUCCUGAUAGAUCCUGUCUGCAUACACAGUUAAAAACAAGGAACAAGUUAUUGACAAAACUGCUUGUUGACCUAGAGUUUGAUAUAUAUUUAUAUAUAUAUUUAUAUAAAUAUAUAUUGAUUUAUAUUUAUAUAAAGACUUGUCAAGACAUCGAUUAAGCUUCUCAUACCUCAGCUGAAAGUAUUUAUUUGCAUGCGAUGGAAUUUGUCAGUGAAGCUUGCAAAUUGUUGGUAUGUCCUACUUUUGUACAUAUACAACAGUCCAAAUGAUUCCAUAUAAAGGAUGCUAUUAAUUUGUAUUGCUCUAGUUAAAGCUGUAAAUUUCAGACUUUCUAAGUCUGAUUUCAAUAGGGUGAUACCAUAUGGGCUGUGAGAAGUACAGAUGGCUAAAUAUAGAGCAUCCACUUUUAUAAUAACACGCUACACUUCCGUGAAUUUCACUUGAUAUUCUUCUGCAGAAGUCAGCCUUUUGCCUUUUAAACUUAGUAGAACAGAGCUGUCGCAGUCUUUCAGUCGUAUUUGCCUUAAGAACAGGCCAACCCUGUGAUCCUUGAACAAACAUAUUCCAGCAGGAAUUCCUAGGCAAGACAACUUUCUUUAGUAGCCUCACUUGAGAUUGGAGUAAAAGAUUAGGCUGUAAAAAGGAAUAGGUAGGAAACACCUGUAGUCAGCUGUGAAUAAUAUCUGCAGAUAGCUUGAAAAAAUUCGAGGUUGUGUCUUUAACUUGUUUAAAGAACAUUGCUGCACAGUUUAUUGCCACAGAAUUAAUGAUCACUGUGUUAUUGAUCACUCUGUUAUGAAAAAAAUGGCUGAAAUCUGAAAAUUAACUAGUGUGUUGGGGUUUUUGUCCCUGUUCUAUUGUCUGUUCACCAGUCAAGGCCAAGCUGUGUGAAGUCUCUUAUACUCAGGACUUUUUCUACUUGAACCCAUUCACAUCUAUCACUAAUUAUUGGUUUGACAUUUCUACUUCUCUGUGUGAUUAAUUUGUCAAAAAAAACCUCAUUUCUGCCAGGGAUUGUCAUUUCUAACUUAGCAAAUUGUGUUUGGACUUGGAGGAAAAAAACCCACAGUGUUUCAUGUUAUUAGUAUGUAUGACUGUCAGUCUUUCUCCUCCUAAGGAAAAGGACUGUAUCAAAUCCUUUUUGUACCAGAGUCAGUUUGUUGUAGAAAAAGUCUGAAUUUCCAUGAAACUUAGUGCAAAAAAUAUAUUGAAAAAAUGUAUAUAGUUAUUUAUUGUGAUUCCUGAUCCUGGGGCUUUCAUUCCGAAUGCUAUCCUUCAGCACUUUCUUGUAUGCACUUUUCCCCCCCUCUGGUGCUUUUUCAUAGUGCACUGGAUUUGAACAUUUUAAAUAAUCUGCAUUUGUGCCUUAAUUUAGACCCCACUUACUUUUUUUUACAAAAUGAAUUUACCCUUGAGAGGCAGUCAUGAAGAAAACACUACAGCUGCAGAUCCUAGAAAUCAAUGGUGCAUUUUGUAUAUUAUAUGGGCUAAUGGUUGGGGCAUGUAAGUUACAUGUUCUAGUACAGAGUAUGCUGUGAAAGGCCCGAGCUAAUCUCGUUGUAUGUUGUGUCCAUUUAAAUAAACCAGAUAGUCUCCAAAGUUUGUAAGAUGUAGGAAAAUGUAAGCUUUAAAACAAUCCUCAAUUAAAACUGAUCUUCUUAUGUAA